AACUAAAUAAGAAAUUUUUAAGUGCUCUUAUAUCAUUUCCUCAUCCAACACUUGGUUCAACAGGUUCACGUCUUCUGGAUGGAAAUUCGUCAUAUGCAGAAUCAUUAGAAUUAUUCCUUGCGGAUUUUCAUAAUGCAGAAAGUGCAUUACUAUUUAACUCUGGUUAUGUCGCAAAUUUAGGAUUUUUUAGCUGUGUUUCUCAACCGGGUGAUGCUGUAAUUAUCGAUGAAUAUGUACAUGCAAGUAUACAUGAUGGUUUGAGAAUGUCCAGAGCAUCAUUAAUUACAGCAUUUAAGCAUAAUGAUGUUGAACAUCUUAAAGUCAAGUUAACAGAAGCUAAACAGCAAAUCAAAGAACAAAAUAAUAUUUUUGUUGUGGUAGAGAGUUUGUAUUCUAUGGGUGGAGAUUUUGCUCCCUUAAUAGAAAUUGAUGAAAUCCUAAAACCAUUUAAUGUGUAUUUGAUUGUUGAUGAGGCCCAUUCUGUUGGUGCAUAUGGUAAUAAAGGCAAAGGAAUCGUAUGUGAGUUAGGUUUGAAACAUCGGGUAUUUGCACGAAUACUUACCUUCAACAAAGCUAUUGCUAGUAGUGGAG